AUGGCUUAUAUCGGCUUAUUUGAAUCAGCCAUAGCUUCCCUUUGUUUUCUCAUCUUCUAUUGCUUCCUCAACAAGAAACCCUUUGGUUUCUUGCACCUCAAAAAACCGCUUCAAAGCUACCCUUGGAACUGGCCGGUUCUUGGGAUGCUUCCAGCUGUGCUGGUCAGAUUCAACCGGAUCGAUGAUGCCAUAUGGAUUAUUGAGAAGACCAACUUGACGUUUCUAUUCAAGGGUCCAUGGUUCACUAAGAUGGAUGCAUUGAUCACGGUUGAUCCAGCUAACAUACAUCAUAUAUUCAGCUCAAAUUUCUCCAACUACGUCAAAGGACCAGAGUUCAAAGAGAUAUUUGAUGUUUAUGGAGACGCCAUAUUCAACACCGACUCGGAGCUAUGGAAGAAUCUGAGGAUGUCUUCUCAGGCCAUGCUCAAUCAUCAAGGGUUUCAAAACUUGUCAUUCAGUAUCACAACAAGUAAACUCAAGAACGUGCUUCUUCCUCUUCUCAAUCAAAUUUCAGAGGAAGGGACAAUCGUGGACUUGCAGGACGUGUUCCAGAGAUUCAUGUUCGAUACAACCCUAGAAACAAUCACCGGGUCUGAUCCUCAAUCUCUCUCCAUUGAAAUGCCAGAGGUUGAGUUCGCAAAGGCCUUUGAUAAUGCUGGGGAAGCCAUUGUGUUUAGGCAUAUCAUACCGAGAUUUUUAUGGAAGUUGCAAAACUGGAUGGGAUUGGGACAUGAGAAGAAGAUGAUAGAAGCUGGUGCCACUUUUGAUCGGAUGUGUGAGGAAUAUAUAUCAGCAAAGAGAGAAGAGAUAAGAUCAAAAGGGAGUGAUCAUGAUCAAUCCAAUGUACACGGUGAAGAUCUAUUAACAUCUCACAUAAAGCUCGAUACAAGCAAGUACGAGCUCUUGAAGCCAAGCGAUAAUAAGUUCCUCAGAGACAGCAUCUUAACUUUCGUUUUCGCGGGGAGGGACUCCACUUCCACUGCUCUCACUUGGUUUUUCUGGCUUAUCUCUAAAAACCCUCACGUGGAAGCCAAGAUUCACCAAGAGAUCAACGCAAAUCUACCAAAACUCGGAGGCUGUCAAGAGAGGCCAUGGUCGUCGGCUAUUGAUUCCAAAGAGUACUUGAACAAGCUGGUGUAUCUACAUGGCGCGUUGUGCGAGGCAAUGAGGCUGUACCCACCAGUUCCCUUCCAACGCAAGUCUCCCAUAAAAUCAGAUGUGCUUCCAAGUGGGCACAGAAUCGAUGCAAACUCUAACAUUAUCAUCCCUCUUUAUGCGUUAGGGAGGAUGAGAUCUGUAUGGGGAGAAGAUGCGUUGGAGUUCAAGCCAGAGAGAUGGGUUUCAGAGACUGGAGGAUUGAGACAUGAGCCUUCUUCCAAGUUCUUAGCGUUUAAUGCCGGUCCAAGAACUUGUCCUGGUAAGCAUUUAGCUAUGACCGUAAUGAAAACCGUAGUUGUUGAGAUGUUACAAAACUAUGACAUUAAGGUCGUCAAAGGACAUAAGAUUGAGCCAAAGCCUCGUCUUGUUCUUCACAUGAAGAAUGGGCUUAGAUCGCUCUUCGCUUUCCAUCUCAACUUCUCCAUGGCCGAUUCGAGGAAGAUGUGCGAGGAAGACAAAGCUGAUGAUGAAACCAUCCCGGAGACACAGUUUGUUGAUGGCUCAGAGACCUUCGUAACGCCUGAAAAGCUUGAUGAUUCAAACACCAAGAAGCGGGAUGAAACCACCCUGGAGACACAGUUUGAUGAUUCUGAUUCAGAUGAUGAUUCAGAGGAUGAUUCAAACAAGAAGAAUAAGGAGGAAGAAACUCCAAAGGAAUACACGUGCUGUUUCGAAAGUAGUGAUUCUGAUUUGACAAACCUGCGAACCAUUUUCGUUCAGGGAUUCGAUUGUUCCUUUCCUUUGGAUGAGAUCAAGAGCACAUUGAAAGAUGCCUUCAGUACUUGUGGAAAGGUCUCAAGUGUUUAUAUUCCCUAUCACUGCAAAAGCGGUUCUCCCUUGGGAUUUGCUUUCAUUAAUAUGGUAAGAGAUGAAGAGGAGGCGUUAAAACUCGAUGGAACUCGGUUGGGAGAGAGGACUCUUGAGGUUACGAUGGCUAGACGGAGAAGCGAAUAAGGUGGAUUGACUGACCAUCGUGGUUGUGGAAGUUGUCGUCGUAAUUUAUGGGAGCGCCUAUGGAGAAGAUUCUAUUAUCGUAACAGAUUCGAUAUCUCCUCAGAGGGCCUUAAUCCUUAUCCCCAUCUAAGACCAGUAACUUACAAGUCCCGAACUUACGACUUCCGCUAAUAGAUUCUGGUUGUUUUUGCCGUUGCUGCUACUUGUUUACCGAUCCAGCUUCUAUAAACUUGGUGUGUUCUGUGACAACUUGUAUUAUGGGAUUUGUGCUUUCUAUUUAUGCAUCAAACAAAUGAUGAAACUUUCUUUGUGAAACUAGUUUUUGAUCUUUUUUUUACUAAAAUAUUUUCUGUUGAUGUAUUUUGUGUUCUAGCAUAACAUGUUUUUUAUCAAAAUUAUAUUGCUUAUUGUUUUAUGAAAGCUAGCUAUUAUAACUUUUUGUUAAA